AUGUAUACGGGUCAGAUCGUCAUGUUUGGGCUGGCACUGCUACUCACCACUGUAAUAGUCAUCAAGGCAGAUGAUGAUGGUAGGUGACAUUAUUCUGAUUCAAAUCUAAUAGCCAAUGUGUAUUAUGGUUACAUGUCAUGUCUAAAAUAUUCAUUCAAUUUUAAUUGUUUGCUACAGGCUUUGAGGUGUUUCCCCCUCUUCCGCCCUCCCGCCCCCCAUUAUUUGCCAACUGCAACAAUAGGCUCUGUCCCCUUGCUUGCCAAUUUCAUACUCUAUUACAUUCUUUGUUCAAACUCAUCUGUACAUUUUAGAUUUAUGUUGCAACAUACUCAACAGGCUGUACAGCAAUUUCAGCAACAUACACAACAGGUCCAUCAGAUUUUAUUGUGUUAGACUCCUUUGGCCACAAACUGCACAGAACUGCUACACAUCAUGCCCCCAAAGCUGGUGAUCGAUCUAUGUAAUGGACAGUCAUCCAAAGAUUCUUAAACAACAGCCUUUAUUGUCUAAUAUUGUGCUAUUUAAUGGUUUUAUGGCUCUGAAUGGCCCUGAAUGGCCCGAUGACCCUAUAUGUACUAAAAUUUGCCCAUGAGUAGGGACAUUGGAUUUUAAAUGUAAUUUGUUUGGCUGCUGAUUGAAGAACAAAAGUUUUCAAUUGAGGUUUUACCAGAUACAUAACAUCUUGGCAGGCUAAGGACACUACUGGUGAUGGAGUUACACCUCUGGUAGCAAUGUGCUAUAUCUCUCUAGGUAUCUUUGCAAAAAGUUAAAGCUACAGGGGCAGGAACACAAACCUAUAUUCCUGACCUUAUAGUGUUAAAAACACUAUUUGGGUGGAUGGCUCAAUCUUAAGCCCCUUAAAUAGGGUUAAAUCUCAUAUUUAUUCCAGCAUCGAUCGGGACUGAAAGUGCUGGCUCCGCUCUGGCCCGCCUCCUUGGUUAAAAUCAUCUUCAUUAAAUUUCCUAUGGGAUGGGAGAGCAUUGGAUUGGCUGAGAUUGUAAAUUCUGAUAAUCUCAGCCAAGGAGGCUUGCAGGGGUAGGGCCAAACGCCGUGCUGGCCACUCAGCAUCCCCUCAUAGAGAUGCAUUGAAUCCAUGCAUCUCCAUUGGAAAAGUUCAGCACCUCCAUGCAGCGCGUAGAGACACUGAACGUCAGUGAUGCACAUUGUGGCCGUCUAAGUGACUGCUGUUGAGAAGGUGUUACUAUGAAGCAAUGUAAACACUGCCUGUUUCUCUGAUGGGCAGUGUUUACCUGAAAACGCCGGCAAGGACUGACUAUGUACACCAGAACAACUACAUUAAGCUGAUGAACAAAGCCUUAAAAGUUACCUGCAAGCGUGGAGCAUCCACCAGGUGUGAAUUUCUUCUCAGAAGGGCUACAUUUUCAAUGUUUAUUCACAAGUGUACAUUUUGAUUGCACAUAGAAACUGAAUUGGUCAUGGGGCUUGGAGUAGCCUAGGUUGUUUAUCAGCACCUAACUUGGAAUUUGCCUGAUCCGGAACGUUUUAAAUGGUGUAUUUUUAAUAAAUAUCAUUCUGACUGCUACUACUAAUCUUAGUUAAUAAAUCUUAGUUAAUAAAGUACUUAAACCCCAAUGCAGAGACAUAUUUCACAUUCAACCAAUGUUCCAUUUUAAUAUGAAUUCAAUGUUAGCAUAAGCGUCAACGGUAAACCAAGUUUAAAGCGCCCUUUGAUCCGAUACUUACUGUACUUACUAAUGUAUUUUAUUGUUGUAUCAGAGAAGUCUGGAGUUUGCCCUCCUGAGAGAUAUUAUACUCCCUCUGCGGGUGUUCCUGUACAUACAUGCACCAAUGACAGUCAAUGUGAAGGUGACAAAAAGUGCUGCUCAGAUAAUGGCUAUAAAUUCUGCAAACCUCCAGCGAAAGGUAAGCAAACAGUAUGUAUGUAUAUAUAUAUAUAUAUCUAAUAGCAGCAGUUAUUUACUGCCUAUCUUUCCCGAUAGCUAAUAGCAGCCCAUAUUCCCCCACCAUCUCUCCCCAUAGUCAAUAGUACUCCAUGUUCUCCCACCAUCCCUCCCCAUAGUCAAUAGUAGUCCAUAUUCUCCCACCACCCCUCCCCAUAGCCAAUAGUAGUCCAUUUUAAACCACUAUCCCUCCCUAUAGUCAAUAGUAGUCCACAUUCCCCCACCAUCCCCUCACCUUAGUCAGUAGUAGCCCAUAAUUACCCACCAUCCCACCCAUAGCUCAUAGGAGUCCAUGUUCCCCCACCAUCCUUCCCCAUAGCCAAUAGUAGUCCAUAUUCCCCCACCAUCCUUCCCCAUAGCCAAUAGUAGUCCAUAUUCCCCCACCAUCCAUCCACAUAGCCAAUAGUAGUCCAUAUUCCCCCACCAUCCCUCCACAUAGUCAUUAGAAGUCCAUGUUCCACCACUAUCCCUCCCCAUAGCCAUAGCCAAUAGUAGCCCAUAUCCCUCCACCAUCCCUCCCCAUAGUCAAUAGUAGUAGUAGCCAAUCCCUUCCCAUGCACAGUGGUAGCUAAUUCUCCUCAUCUCUCCCCAUAGACUGGAGAAUUAUUUAAAUUCACUUAUUUUGACCUACAAUUUGCAGUUAUUGUAUAUUCUGUUUUCCAAUUUUCUCUGUUUACUGAAUAAACCCCUGAGUAAACAAAGAUGGCGUAAACACGCAAACUUGUUUUAUUUAUAACAACUGAUGCUAUUAGAGAGUGUUAACGCUUUUGUCACAUUGCAUAUCCAAAUCUGUUGUGAUAAUGUAUUGUAUUUUCUUGCAAACAAGCUAUCUUCUUUGUGAUAUGUAUUGACAGAGAGAUCUGGAGAGUGUCCACCAACUACAAAAACUGCAAUCAAAUAUCGUCAGGACUUUUGCUCUUCAGACAGUGAGUGUGCUGAUGGAUCCAAGUGCUGCCUUGGUUCAAACGGAAAGACUUGUCUGCCUUGUAAUAAAGGUAACAAUUCUUCCUCCUAAGCUCAAAAACACACAUAAUAAUGUAUUGUUCUAUAAUUUCCUGUUCCAGUUACCCCCAUUUUACUUUUGUACUUAUUCGUUCUACUCUUAUUCUAAUCUUUUCAGAUUCCUCUUUUCUGUCUCCCGUGUACGAAACAUGUUUUGUUUUUCAGUUCUCCUUCCUCUUGCUCUUUUUACCUUCUGUCCAUUUCUGUAAAUUCUUACUUAUCCCUUUUUUCAUUCCCUUCAUCUUGUCAUUUUCUCUCUCCUUCCCUAUUCACAUCUAUCUCAGCUUUGAUCUAUACGUUCUUUUACGUGCUGCCCCAAUUCCGUCACAGUUUUAAUUUCCUCUCGGUAAAGAAAGUCCAUGCUGAGUGCCCACUAUGCAGAAAUUAAUUACUGGAAAACGAAUAUGGAUAUUUCCAGUUGAUGUUCUCCAACAACCACCAUCCCCAGUUUAUUGCGGCCUUGUAUCUGCUUAUGAUACUCUCAACUAGGAAAGACUGUUACAGUUAUCGUUUCUUGCUUUUUUUAAUGUGUAUAUGUUUUAAGGGUUACCUUCUAACUUCAGGCUCUGGGUCUUUUAGGUUUAACCACUUAAGGACACAUGACACGUGUGACAUGUCAUGAUUCCCUUUUAUUCCAGAAGUUUGGUCCUUAAGGGGUUAAAGACCUUGUAGCCUAAUAUUGUAAAUUUCUUAAUGUUUUGCUCUUAUUUUCAUAUCAACUCCACACCACAACAUGACUAUUAAAUUACACUCCAAGCAUCAUAAUUAACCACUGCAGCUUGUUGUAGUGGUUAUAGUGGCAGGAGUACCCUGGAGUGUCCCAUGCAGCCACCCCACACUCUCAGCCAAUAAGUUCUUAUCUUGCAAAAAAAAAACUGAUAUCCAGCUUUGACAACUCAAGGAGACGGGAAGCAGUGUGGACUCAGAUAACAGUCAAAUCAUGUGCCAGGUUGAAUUGGGACAGCACCAAACAGGGCACUACUAGCAGACUCUAGUGGUUAUGGUGCAUUAAGAGCCCUUUAAUUGUAUAUUUUGUACUAGUUUACUCUUGGGAUAUCGUUUUCUCAUUAUCCGUUUAUAACUAUGUCAUCUCCUUAUCUUUCUUUGCAGUGAAGGCAGGUACCUGUAAACAGCCAAAUAUCCCUCAUUGCUUGCUAUUAGAGCGUCCCUUCUGCGAUAAUGACUGCUCUUGUCCCAAUGAUGAGAAGUGUUGUCCCAGUGGUUGUCGUUUCACGUGCCAGAAGCCUGUGUGA